AGUUCUCUGAGGCUGAAACACAGAAACACAGAACAUGGACUGAAGUUUGACACGAACCGCACUUCAGCUGUGCUACAGGGCUGCUGAACCUGAGAGCAGAAAAGGUGGACAUGGAGGUCUUCUGGGCAGGCGUCCUUUGGGCCAUGAAGAUCUGGCUGUACCUGAUUAUCAGCCUCAUCAUGAUCCCAGCCAUGUUUGGAUUCUCGCUGGGCAUCUCAGAGACCUACAUGACCAUCCUGAUGAAGACUUUAAAGUGGGCCACUCUGAAGAUACAGAAGGCGAAUGCAGAAGAAAAAGAAGCUAAUUCUCCAUCUAAUGGUCUCAUCCUGAGGGCAAAUGGCUCCAUGGAGAAGGAGUUGGAGGAACUUAGACGCAGCAGACCCAAACCACCAGUUGGCGGUGACUUUACACUCAGCGACUGUUUCUAUUUCACUCGGCGAGGAAUUGAGAGCAUUGUAGAGGAUGAGGUGACCCAACGGUUCACCUCUGAGGAGCUGGUGUCCUGGAACUUACUGACUCGCAACAACCACGAUUUCCAGUACAUAAGUCUCAAGCUGACACUGGUCUAUGGCCUUGGUAUCUUUGUGAGAUAUUGCAUCCUUGCCCCACUUAGGAUAACUCUGGCCUGCAUCGGCCUGAGCUGGUUGGUAAUCGGAACAUCCGCAGUUGGAUUUCUCCCAAACUGGAGGAUAAAGUUCUGGCUCAGUGAGUGGGUCCAUAUCAUAUGCUACAGAAUCUGUGCUCGAGGACUCUCAGCUGCUAUUCAAUAUCACAACAGAGAAAAUAAACCUAAAAAAGGAGGAAUCUGCGUCGCCAAUCACACCAGUCCAAUCGACGUCGUGAUACUGUGCAACGAUGGGGGCUACGCCAUGGUGGGUCAGGUCCAUGGAGGUCUGAUGGGGUUGCUUCAGAGAGCCAUGGUGAGGUCUUGUCCUCACGUCUGGUUUGAGAGAUCAGAGAUGAAAGAUCGCCAUCUUGUGACCAAAAGGCUGAAGGAUCAUGUGAGUGACAAGACGAAGCUUCCCAUAUUAAUAUUUCCUGAAGGAACCUGCGUCAACAACACGUCCGUCAUGAUGUUUAAAAAGGGAAGUUUUGAAAUUGGAGGAACAAUAUAUCCUGUAGCCAUCAAGUAUGAUCCAAAGUUUGGAGAUGCUUUCUGGAACAGCUCCAAGUACAGCAUGGUGAGUUACCUGCUGAGGAUGAUGACCAGCUGGGCCCUCGUCUGCAACGUCUGGUACCUGCCGGCCAUGCACCAACAGGAGGGGGAGGAUGCUGUGCAGUUUGCCAACAGAGUAAAAUCAACCAUAGCUCAUCGGGGAGGCCUGGUGGACCUACAGUGGGACGGAGGCCUGAAGAGAGCAAAGGUGAAGGAAACCUUUAAGGAGCAGCAGCAGAAGAAGUACAGCAGCAUGGUGGUGGGAGACGACAGCAGCGGCAGCAGUGACUGAGAUCAGUUUGUAGUUAAACGGACAAACCCUCUGUUGUGUUUCUAAAGAACAUGAAGUGGCAAAAAGCCCACUACACUCCAGUGUUUUCACAUCAUCUGGACCUGACGGGGAAUGCAGGACGACCAAAUGGACCCAAACUUAUGUAACUCUUGUGUCUCACCGGGAGCAAAGAAGGAAACAAAGUGCAAUACUGAACACUACUGGAGCAGGGACAAAGGAAAACUCAGGUUUUUCCUCACUUCUGCUGAAGAUAUUGAUUGUUGUGCUGAAAAAUUUCAUUGAAUGAAAUUUGUGGUUAAAGCCAAGCAACU